UGUGUGUGCCAGCUGUGUGAGCACACCAACUUCACCUGCCAGACGGAGGGUGCCUGCUGGGCCUCCGUCAUGCUGACCAACGGGCGCGAGGAGGUGGUCAAGUCCUGUGUCUCCCUGCCGGAGCUCAACGCCCAGGUCUUCUGCCACAGCUCCAAGAACAUCACCAAGACUGAGUGCUGCUACACUGACUUCUGCAACAACAUCACCCUGCGCCUGCCCCUGGCUGCAUCCGAGUCUCCUGGCAGAGCCAGCGUGAGCCCCGUGGUGCUGGUAGUGCUGGUGGCGGUGCCAGUCUGUGUGGUGUCCCUCCUGGCAGUGCUGGCAGUCUGUGUGUGCCAUGGCUGGCGCUGUGCCCGUGGCAGGGCCAAGCAACCCAACGUGGAGGAGCCCCUCUCUGAGUGCAACCUGGUCAGCUCGGGCAAGACGCUGAAGGAUCUCAUCUACGACAUGACCACCUCUGGCUCUGGCUCUGGUUUACCCCUGCUGGUACAAAGAACCAUUGCCAGGACCAUUGUCCUGCAGGAGAUCGUAGGCAAAGGCCGGUUUGGUGAAGUCUGGCGUGGCAAAUGGUGUGGGGAAGACGUGGCUGUGAAAAUCUUCUCCUCCAGAGACGAGCGGUCGUGGUUCCGGGAGGCAGAGAUCUACCAGACGGUCAUGCUGAGGCACGAGAACAUCCUGGGAUUCAUUGCUGCUGACAACAAGGAUAAUGGGACAUGGACUCAGCUGUGGCUUGUCUCCGAGUACCACGAGCAGGGCUCCCUGUUUGACUACCUGAACAGAGGCACGGUGACGGUGGAGGGCAUGGUCAGGCUGGCACUGUCGGUGGCCAGCGGCCUGGCACACCUGCACAUGGAGAUCGUUGGCACCCAAGGCAAGCCAGCCAUUGCACACCGAGAUCUGAAGUCCAAGAACAUCCUGGUGAAGAGGAACGAAACCUGCGCCAUCGCGGACCUGGGCCUGGCGGUGAAGCACGACUCGGUGAUGAACACCAUCGACAUCCCCCAGAACCCCAGAGUGGGCACCAGGAGGUACAUGGCCCCUGAGAUCCUGGAUGACGUGAUGAACACCAACAUCUUCGAGUCCUUCAAGCGUGCAGACAUGUACUCUCUCGGCCUGGUGUACUGGGAGAUAGCCCGAAGGUGCUCUGUGGGAGGAGUUACCGAGGAGUACCAACUGCCUUACUACGACGUGGUGCCUUCUGAUCCUUCCAUAGAAGAUAUGAGAAGGGUGGUUUGUGAGCAGAAGCUGAGACCAAAUGUUCCAAACCAGUGGCAAAGCUGUGAGGCACUGCGGGUGAUGGGCAGGAUCAUGCGGGAGUGCUGGCACGCCAACGGGGCCGCCCGCCUCACCGCCCUGCGCGUCAAGAAGACCAUCUCUCAGCUCUGUGUGCCAGAGGACUCCAAAGCCUGA